CAGCGCCACGUUUAGACUACUCUGAUGUCGUGGCGCUUUAGGGGAAGAAGUUGGUGUUUCGCCGGGCCCCAGUACUGAGGACGCGGUCCGGGUGACCCCUGACCUCUUCCUACCCACCCCUCCGCCCGCCUUUCCCCCGCUCCUCUGGCAGGAUGAGGCGUGCAGGCCUGGGUGAAGGAGUACCUCCUGGCAACUAUGGGAACUAUGGCUAUCCUAAUAGUGGGUAUAGUGCCUGUGAAGAAGAAAAUGAGAGACUCACGGAAAGUCUGAGAAACAAAGUAACUGCUAUAAAAUCUCUUUCCAUUGAAAUAGGCCAUGAAGUUAAACAUCAAAAUAAAUUAUUAGCUGAAAUGGAUUCACAGUUUGAUUCUACAACUGGAUUUCUAGGUAAAACCAUGGGAAAACUGAAGAUUUUAUCCAGAGGGAGCCAAACAAAGCUGCUGUGCUAUAUGAUGCUGUUCUCAUUGUUUGUCUUUUUUGUCAUUUAUUGGAUUAUUAAACUGAGGUGAUGCAAGUAACUGUGAGUUUGGAAUUUGUUCCAACUUAACGGCUUGGAGUACCACUUCAGUAAAAAAUCAGCAUCAAAACAUUCCUAAAUUUCAAAUAAUACUAUGGCUUUUUCCAUCAAAGAUUACUGAAUUUUACUUGUUUUAUAAACCACAUUAGAUAAUACAGUGCUCUUUGAAUACUGUUUCUUAAUGAUUCAUUUUGUUGCCCCUAUUUUCAGGGGUAUUGAGAUGGUCUGAGGUCAGUCCGGCCCUAAUAAGUUUUUUUCCUGUUUUUUGCUGUCAGGUUAAAUAGCAGUAUAAUAACCUGUUGUCAUAUAAAUGUAGCUUUAUGUUCCACAUAAAGAAACUUAGUGGGAAAAUAACAAUGCCUGGAGAGCCUUGUGCUGAGCUCUUGAGGUGGUGAGAAAGUUUGUGAUGGAUGGUAAAUGUAUUUUCCUGAACUGUCAUUGCCCCUGACGAUGUACUCUCCUCUUCCUCCUUUAUUUGGUUAAAAUUGUAGGCUGAUUUCUUUUUACCUACAGUUUUCCUAAUAAUUUUUGAUGAUAUGACUCUUCUUCCGCUUCUGCCCAAGGAUCUCAUUCUUUAAUAAAACUUGUUAUUUUGGCAUAUUUCUAGUAAAGUUCAAAACAAAUGUGUACCCGUAUAGUUGUCAUUUUCUAUUAACUUUAUAUAUAUACCAUUGGCUUGGCUUAUAAUAGUUUUAUGAUUUUAGCUACUUAGGCCAUUUGGUUAUCAUUUAUGACAGAAUAAUGUGAAGCUAAAGUAAUUGCUAAGCUCUGAAUGGAAAUAAAAUGUUCAAGAAAAGUAAUUGCCUCUGCUUUAUUAUGUGCUCAAAAUAAAUAUUGGAAAUACUCAGGCAUUGACCUUGUGGUUAAGGGCACUGUUACUUUAAUCCAGUGUAUUUUCUAUAGAAAACAAAAUACAAAAGUGGACUGCUGAAUAGAAAGAGAUAUUAAAAUGUGAAAUACUCUGUAUUGCUACUAUUUUGGAAUUUGCCCAUUUAUGGGCUCCAAAAAUAAAAUUUUUAUUGAAAUAUA